UGCACGAUGACAGCUGAUUUUUUUUUUUUCUUUGGUUGAAUUUUGAUCCUUGCGCAUGUGUCUUUGUUUUCGUUUGUCAGGACAUUACCUCAGCUGAUGUUGUUUACGUUCGUCUCGGACACACAGACUUACUUGAAAGCUAAUUAAGAACCCGUGCAUAUUGUUUCGUAACAAAACGCAUUCCAAAAUGCAUAAAUAAAGUAGUUUUUCGUGUUAUUUGUGAGAUAUUUAGUUCUUAAAUGUGUUUUGAAUGGUUGUAUAGGACGGGGAUUGUAAGGAAAGUGUCAGACGUGAUGACAGAAACCAGCAGUGAUCGAGUCACCAUGACGACAGAACUGCAGGAAAUUGCCAUCCCGGAAGAGAAGCCUUUACUUCUGGGUCAGCUGGAUCAAACAAAGGAAGCUGAAAUCGCUGCUCGGAUCUUAUUGGAUCAGGGGCAGGAGCAUACCAUUGAGACUCCCUACGGGCUGGUCCACGUGACCAUUCAGGGAUCCCCUAAAAACCUGCGCCCCGCCAUCGUCACCUACCAUGACGUGGGAUUGAACCAUAAGAGCUGCUUCGGCCCGCUGUUCAGAUUCGAGGACAUGCAGGAGAUCACCAAGAACUUCGUGGUGUGCCACAUCGACGCCCCGGGACAGGAGGACGGGGCGGCAGCCUUCCCACCCGGCUAUCGGUACCCAUCCAUGGAUCAGCUGGCUGAGAUGAUCCCAUGCAUUCUGGAGUACUUCAAUUUCUGCAGUAUAAUCGGAAUAGGGGUGGGAGCAGGAGCCUAUGUCCUGUCCAGAUACACACUCACCUGCCCUGACUCUGUGGAGGGUCUGGUUCUCAUCAACGUAGAUGCCUUUGCCAAAGGCUGGAUGGAUUGGGCAGCUGAGAAGUUGACCACCUUAACCUCCUCGUUGACCGAGAAAAUCCUUGGCCAUCUUUUCAGCCAGGAGGAGCUGUGUGCUGGCACUGAACUUGUGAAGACCUACAAGAAGAUAAUCUCCCAGACUCCCAACCUGUACAAUAUUGAGCUGUUCUGGAAUAUCUACAACAGCCGCAGGGAUCUGAACAUUGCCCGAGGAAGCACUCUAAAGUGUCCAGUCAUGCUGGUGGUUGGAGAUCAAGCCCCUUAUGAAGAAGCUGUGGUGGCGUGCAAUGCUAAGAUGGACCCCACACAGACCUCCUUUCUCAAGAUGGCUGACUCUGGUGGACUCCCACAGCUCAGCCAGCCCAGUAAAAUGGCUGAAGCCUUCAAGUACUUUGUACAGGGAAUGGGUUACAUACCAUCAGCCUGCAUGACCCGGCUGUCCCGUUCGCGCACCACCUCUCUCUCCAGCUCCUACUCCAUGGACGGGAGACGCUCCCGUUCCCGCACCCUGUCCCAGGGCAGCGAGGCAGCACAGCCAGCCUCAACGCUCCCCCAAACCACGGAGGGGUCCUGCUAGAGGAGCCGAGGAACCACAGCGCCCCGGCUGGCCAGCCACCUCCUCUGCCAUCGAAGGCUGUCUGCUGCUUUCAUGCAGAGGACUGCAGAUCAACACAGCUGCUCCAGAGGAUUUCAAAUACGGUUUUUCAUUGAGAGGGGAGAGAUCACGUGAUAAAUAUUUUAGGGUCUCCACUUAUGUUUUGGUUUCGGUUUUCUUCCAAGUACUCAAGGAGCUAUCGUGUUUUAAAGACCUACAAAGACACACAAAAAAAUGCUAUUUUAUUGUUUUUUUGUUUGUUUUCCUGUGUCCUCUCUCCGUGUUUGUGAUUUUUACAGUGGAUCUGGAUAAUAAUUGGUGCUGCUUUUCCCAAUGAGGGCUGUAAUGGGGGUUUUGGUAAAUGUGAACACGUGAGCAGGCAAAUAAUAUACAACAAGCAGCCCAAGAAAUUUUCUAAAGCUUUUUUUUUCUGUGGUUUGCAAUAAAAUAGAAAUUCCACCUGCUAUACCUAGCUGGUCACCCAUAAGACAAAAAAAAAAUCAGUCAGGAAAAUAUCUUUCCCUUCGGAUGAGGAGUAAAACCAAGGUCCUAUUGUAAGUGACUCUGCAGCAGCGGUUGCAAUGCAUAGUUCCCAAGUCUCUUUAAGUCGCUUAGGACAAAAGCAUCUGCUGAAUGAUUAAUUAAAAAGGGAUUGUAAUCUCAGUGUUACCCUGAAGAAAACCUAUCUAGGGGAACCAUUUGCAGACCACAGGGGGUUUGGAUCAGAUGUACAGUAGUGGCCCUGCUUGGACAGCACACUACAACGGGAAUGUGUGUAUUUGUCUACACAAUCGAUCUCAUUUCUAAAUACAAUACCGUUCCCAAUGACAGUGUUAGUGUAGCCAGCGAUUCGCAAAUUAUCCGUAUAGAACUUCAAAAAAGGGAAUUCUGCUUUAUUUCCUUUUUCAAAAACAGGAAAUGGCUCAUCUUUUUUUCUAAUGUAAUAUGCACACAUUUUCUGGAAAUGCGAUACAUUUGUCACGUUUACAAGCUGGCUGCCUAUUCUGUUAUUUUUGAACUGCUGCAAACCAGUAUCUGGCGCCCUCGUGUGGCUUCACAGAGACAUUGCAUGUAAGGGUUCAGUAAAGGAGGGUUACAUUAUGUUUCUCUUGUGAUACCAUUGCCCCUUUGAACAAAGCAAAUGAACAUUGUAGUUCCCCAGUCUGUGUGCACUGCCAUUGAAAGGAAUUUCAGAUUCUCAGUAGGAAAUUAAGUUUAGCUGUGACACUGACUAUAAAAAAAACAGGAGAGAAAUAUCUGAAACCAUCACUAAUAAUUAUACAGAUCCGAUCAGUAAAUAUUACGCAAAGCUAAACAAACAAACGUGUGUGUAAUUUUUGUGGUCUUUGAUCUCUUAAUCAUAACAAUGUUAUUCUUGGCGAUAAAAUGAUUAAUAUAUUGUUUUUCUUCCAAUAGAAAUGUGGCACUUUUUUCUUUAGGGAGAGUUGAGGGGGUGGAGAUACCGUUUUUGCUUUUUAAAUGCAUGUCCAUAAAGUAAAUAAUAAGAAUGAUUAUAAUACUUGGUAAAUGUAGCACAUAUCUGGGUUUUUUUUUUUUUUUAUUGAAUUCAAUAAAUUCAAGAAAUUAAGGAGAAAUCAACUAGUGCUUCCAUUAUAUUUGAAGUAAUAUUAUUACAGGGGUCCUGUUGUUGACCUUGUACCAUUUGUAUACCUGCCGUUACUUAGUGUUCUCCCCAUGGUUGGGCUGGUGUGUUUGUCUGUAUAUUUAAGAUCAUGUGUAAAAGUCUGUGGGAGUCAGCAAGUCACUCCUAUAGUGAUACAGUGCUGUAUAGCUGUGCUAUGGUAGCACUAUGGGAACUGACCGCUUUACCGCACUACAGUAACUGCUCUGAGCAAUUGUACUGCUUGGGGUGUCAGUGCCAUUCUUCUCUAUGGAAGUGGCUGUGGUAGCUGCCCGGAGUUAUAUAGGUCUUGCAUGUGCCUCUACCUCCUGGUCAUCCCUUCACACAAGACGGUUCCCAGCAGGUCUAUGCAGCGUCAAUAUCUUCAGAUCUGAUCAAGCCUGCCAGGGGAGAGCACCGUGUGAGGUAUGGGGGGGUGGGAGACUGGCCUGUUCCAUACUGUACUGUUCUGUGCCAUACUGUACUUUUCUGUGCCAUACUGUACUGUGCCAUUAUUGUGCUGUCUUGUCUAUAAGCACCCCUGUGUUUGAGGUCUCUAGAUGAAAUCACACUUGGCCAGUGGCGGACAACGAAUUUUGAAAGCACUGUUGCAAAGAUCUGGUUUAAAUCCAGGAAGCAAGAUCAGUCACUCCAUUUAAUUUCCUAGUUUACAUUUUUUAAAGGUUACUUAAAGGAAUUUUGCUGUUUUACAAAAAAAUUCUCCUAGGCUGCAAUUCCACCCCAAGACAGCUGUGGCAGCGUUGUCUAACGACUGCUAAACAGCUCCCCCUGAAGUUUGAAAAGGGCACACAUUCGAACACCAAGCAGUGGAGACCAGGAAAAUUAUUUUGCACACAUCUAAAAGUCUGGGGAGUAUCCAGUAAUUAUUUUAUGAUAAUUUCACUUGCGUGACCUUGUUAAAUAUGCUUGAUAAUUGCUAGAAGUUGUUUUAAUUGCAUAAACACAGUACAUUGGACCAAAAUACUCUGAGUUUUAAAUGCAGUAAAACCUCAAAACAUCAUGAACACUUGCAGAAAAACACUACGUCCCCCCCCCCCCCCCCCCCGAGAGAAAGUUUGGUUCCUCCCGGGCCAGCUUGAGCCAUCAAGACAGAACUGCAUGUUUCCUCAACCCUGAAGCUGGGGGAACAUGAAGCCACUUUGUGGUUUUGAACAUGGUUUCAGGAGACUGGGUUUCAGGUCUCAUGGGGUUUGAUACAGCAAUCUCAAACUCGGUCUCCUGGAUCUAGGUUUCAAGCCACUCUUCUUGAAAUAGGUCCCCUCAGCGUAAGAGAAGGAGUGUUAUCUCCAGUCCAGGGCAGGCUUGUGGGACAUUUGCUAAAACUGCACUGUUGUUUGAUGUGCACAAACAUUUUAUUUUUUUGAAAGCGUUCUAAGCUGAAACCAAAAGCUUGUUUAUGGAGCCAACACUAAAAACAAUCUUUAAAAAAUAAAUGAAGAAGUAACAAUCAGAGAUCUGCAGCAUUCCUUCCAAAAUCUGUGGCACCACUUGGAGUGAAAACAAUCCAAACCCAAUGCUGUCCUGAGGGCUAGUGGAGUGAGGGAAGGGUUCACAGUGCUUUCUGCACCUGUCUCUUUUUUCUAACUCCAGUGUUGGGCUGUGUAAGUCUGCUCCGGAGUUUCUGUGGACGAUUUAUCUUUUUGUUUUCUCUAGCAGUAAAGCAAUGGGAGUUUCAGUAGGAUAGCUACUAGGCGAAUGAGCUAUGUUUCAGCUUGAGCACAGGACAAGGGAUAAGAUACAAUAAAUAAUACCAUUCUGCUUUAACUUCAUAUUAAUGUAGAUCACUGGGUAAGAUUGGAACAGAGUUUCAAUACCAGUUAAGUCCCAAUAGGUCAAUAACCUAUGAGAUUGCAAUAUCUCCAGGCUAGUAUGCAUUUGCUAUAUUAGACUUUUCUGAUUUGGGGUGUUCCUGGUUUCUCUGGAGCAGGCUUGGAUCUCUGUUUCAGGAUUAAAGCCGCUCUUCCAGAAAAAGUGUCUUUUUCCUUGAGCUUUCGGCUCUCUAAUGAAACAUGGCAAUUGCGCACUGUGUGGGGAAACCAUUUCGGCCAAACCAAUUUUCUAGACCACUGUCAGCAAGUAUUCUUGGCAUAACAGCUGGUGAUAAGGCUCUGUCCUAAAAUACGUUUUGUAAUGGUUCUGCGUAGAUCAUACCAAGAGAAAGACAACUUGACGACAGAACCAAACCGAAGACAUGUUUGCUGUAAACAACAUUACAGUUGCAACCUGUUUAAACAUGCGGCAACCGUCUGGCAUCACAAUAGCUCAGUAUCCACUAAUAACUCAACAGCACACAUCUCAGUAGCCUGUUGUAUAAGUAGUGCCCCUCUACUGUAUCCCUUAUAUGGCUAAAUUGUUUUAACUUUCAAAAUCAAAGUCUUUUUGUACCUUUGUAUGUGUUUCUCUUGUAUCAGAAUGGGAUUCAUUAACAGAUUAAUGUUUUAGAUGUUACCUUUUUUUAGUGUUGGUCAUUAAAACACAUCAUUAAUUAAGCUGUAACAUUUAAAAUUAAACUUGAAAGGGAAAAACUUGA